AUGGGGAGUGCACACAAGCUGGACGGCUACGAGAACGUCGUCGCCAAGAGAUGCGAGAUUGAGGGGUGUUCGAGAAGACCAUCGUUCGGCCUCGAGUGGAACAAACCUCUCUCAUGCAGUGCACACAAGCUGGACGGCUACGAGAACGUGCGUACCAAGAUAUGCGAGAUCGAGGGGUGUUCGAGAAGACCAUCGUUCGGCCUCGAAUGGAAAAAACCUCUCUCAUGCAGUGCACACAAGCUGGACGGCUACGAGAACGUCGUCGCCAAGAGAUGCGAGAUUGAGGGGUGUUCGAGAAAACCAUCGUUCGGCCUCGAGUGGCGAAAACCUCUCUCAUGCUCUGCACACAAGCUGGACGGCUACGAGAACGUCGUCGCCGAGAGAUGCGAGAUCGAGCGGUGUUCGAGAAGACCAUCAUUCGGCCUCGAGUGGAACAAACCUCUCUCAUGCAGUGCACACAAGCUGGACGGCUACGAGAAUGUCGUCACCAAGAGAUGCGAGAUCGAGGGGUGUUCGAGACUACCAUCGUUCGGCCUCGAGUGGAAAAAAACUCUCUUUUGCCGUGACCACAAACUCGAUGGCCACGUCGACGUGCGGAACGCGAGAUGUGCGUCGUCGGCGUGCACCAUGUUCCCGAUACUCGAGAGGGGACGCGGAAGGUACAAAAUAGAAUGGGUAAACAAAUGCGGGAGCUGCGUCCGUAGCGAGCACCUCGAUCUGCUGAAGAGGUUCAAAGUGAAGACCGAGCACUUUGUAUUGGCAGAACUGCAGCGGCGCAUGCCCGAGCUGGAGAAUAACUUUCUUUCGUGGGACUGCCCUCUUCCGUGCGCGAUUUCAACCGAGAGGGCUGACAUGCUCUGGCAGAUCGGAUCAACUUUGUUGCACGUCGAGGUAGAUGAGAUAGCGACGCACGAGGACGAUCGUAAGAGGCUCAUGCGCCUCCUGGCGGGAACGGAUUCCGUGGAUCACAUCGUAGUGAGGAUUCACACGCACUCGUACGACAACUACCGGCCAUGUGUUAUCAAGAGUCAGAUUAACGGGGAGUGGGUAGUGUCUUGCCGGCAAAAAGAGUCGACCGUAGGAUGGACAUCGUAG